AUGAAAUUUACCGCUACUUUCCUUGCAGCUGCUGCUUUGUUCGUUUCUACUGCUACUGCAGAUGACCUAACUCCAGAAGACAUUGCCAAGAUCAAGGUUUUCUUGAGCGAUGUGAAGGCCAAUUUCUCCGAGUACAUGAACUUGUACACUUCUGGUGGUUUCAAGAUCCCAGACAACUUUAUUCCAGUGUGGAGAGCUAUGCAGACUUACACUGAUGAGUCCUACACCAGUUUGUUCACAAGCUUGAAGAUGGACCAGGUUAACUCCGCUUUGACUGCCGUUCCAUGGUACUCGUCCAGAUUGGCGCCAGCUUUGGUCUCGAUCGGCGGUGGUGGUGACGCGGGUCCAUCUGCUCCAUCCAGCUCUGAGGCUCCAUCCAGCUCUGCGGCUCCAUCCAGCUCUGCGGCUCCAUCCCCAUCCGCUGCUCCAUCCAGCAGUGAAGCUGCUAAAAGUUCUCCAGCUGUCCAGACCUUCAAUGGUGGUGCUGGUAACUUGAAGGCUUCCUUUGGUAUGGCCGUCGCUGGUGUCGUUGGUUUGUUGUUGUAG